UUGGAUUUGGAUUUCUUUCCUUGUUUGUCCUCCUCCUAGGGUUUGCUCCUCCUCCUCUCGCUCCGUCCUCCAGAAAUCAAUCCGACCCAAAGAUCCGAAGGAUAUGAUCCCCAACUCCGCCUUCUUCACCUUCCUCUGAUCUGCCCCCAGAUCCACCCCAAAUCUUGAUCACCCAUACUAUGGUGCGCCGCCCCUCGCCGCCGCCCUCGUCGUCUUCCUCCUCGUCGCCGAUGCUCCACAAGAACCUCCGCGCGCUCGGCCCCGGACUCAAUCCCUUCGCACCCGCCGGCAUGGGCAACUACUCCCGCUAAAUCCCUCCCCCUCCUCCUCCUGAUUCCUCGAUUUCCCCUCUCAGAUUCCUCGAUUUCUCCUCCCCCCUCCAAGUUUGAUUCGAUUGCUCGUCUCCCCGUCUCCUUUGUUAACUUUGGAUCCAAAGUAUAGAAUAUGGUGCAGUUUCGCAGCUCCCUCAGCAUGGCCCGGGUGCGGGCCGCCGGCGACGACGCCGACGACCGCGGCUGGAACCAGCUCCACGUCGCCGCACGCAAGGGCAACCUCAAGGAGGUGAGACGUCUCCUGAAAGAAGGGAUGGAUGUCAAUGCUCCCGCAUGGGGACCAAAGUCCCCUGGUGCUACUCCGCUGCACCUUGCCGCGCAGGGCGGGCAUGUCAAAGUCAUGGAUGAACUACUGGAGCGCGGCGCUAAUAUCGAUGCUCGCACAAAAGGAGCUUGUGGCUGGACUCCUCUCCACAUUGCUGCCAAGGAAAGGAACAAGAGGGUGGUCAGGUUCCUGAUUGAGAAUGGCGCAUUCCUGCCCCCUGACCUGAACGACCACAGGUUCAACCCUCCCCUCCACUACUGCUCUGGGCUAGAGUGGGCCUACGAGAUGAAGCGCAUGCAGGACGAGAGCGACUCUAGCGGCGAUGCUUCCUUCAGCUCGGAGAACUAGAGAUACUCAAGAGCCAGUGAUUCAUUAUUUUAAAAGAGUAUUUACUCCUGAAAACAUUUAUUUACAUCCUUCAUGUGGAACCUCAAAAUAUAUGUCUGCAAUAGUAUUUUGCAGGGCUGCAUUGGUAUUGUAAUGUAUGCCACAGUAACACGGUGUGUGUUUAUCUGUUGCUGCUUUGUAGUUUGCUUUGUGUGUUUAUAUGCAAUUGAUGCCAGGCUGCAGUGCAUCGGAACAUCUGUAUGAAAUAACAACAUUGUUCGCAAUGUGCUUGUAAAUCAAAUGGUGUUGAACCUACCAUUAGUAUUAUUUUAUCAGAAUAGAUUGUAUUUUCUGGAAA